AGGUGGGUUGUUUAGAUUAAUAGUGCGAAAGAAGAUGAAAAUUGGUGGUUACAUGGGCAUGUCACACAUUAAAAGCACUGUAAGGAGAAAGACAAGUUCUCCCGGGUAUGAAUACUUGCCUUUGACAAAGAUAGAAAGUGUGUGUGUUUGAAAGGCAGGUUUCUGCCUGAACUAGCCAGAGAUCUCCAAAGAAAAACAAGCAGGUUUCUGCAUAAACUAGCCAGAGACCACCAAAGUAAAACAAACUUUCCAGAUCACUGGGGAACAACAUGGGGGAGGGUUUCUGGACCUUAUUCUGCACCAGUUCCGAGUGUUCAAAUGGGUCUGGAAAUGAAUGCAGCUCUGGCAUUCUAGCCAUUAUCGAUCCAAAUUCAUGUAUCAACAAUAUUGUCGUCAUUGCAGUUGAUAUUUUGCUCCUACUCAUCUUGUUAUGUUUCCUUAUGUAUAGAAUAGCAUCAAAGAAGAUUAUAGCACCAUCACAGCCUCAAACGUUCUCUCCAGUAUCAGUUGUGUCAAUCAGUUUCAAUGCAGGUUUGGCAUUGGCCUACUUGGGGUCUGGGAUAUGGACAAUCAUUGAGAAAGUAUAUACGUAUCACAUGGUUUUACCUCUACAUGGAUGGCUAGUAUAUUUUUUUCAAGGGUUUACAUGGUUGGGCCUGGGUUUUACCAUAAACCUCUCAAAACCACACCUUCCGCAUAACGCAAUAAUGAAAUUCUUUUCAAUUUUUGGUUUCUUAAUUGCAGUUUUCCUUUGUGGUUCAUCAAUUUGGGAAUCUAUUCUGGAUGGGGCCUUAUCAGUUCUGAUUGUUUUAAACAUUCUUUGUUUCCCGGGAUCAAUUCUCUUGCUCUUUAGUGCAUUUGAAGGAACAAAUAAUGCAAAAGGUGAUCCAGAAGUCCAUAAUGGUCAUGCUUUCUACACACCUUUGCCAGGUGCAGAACCAGAUAUCACAGGUGAUAUCAGUCCGAAUGACACUGUAACUCCUUUUGCAAAAGCUGGAUUAUUUAGUAAAAUGUCAUUUUGGUGGUUGAAUCCAUUAAUGAAGAAAGGUAAGGAAAAGAUCCUUGAGAAUGAAGAUAUUCCACAAUUGCGAGAAGCUGAUCGAGCACGAACAUUGCACUCAAUAUUCAGGGAGCAAUUGCAUAAAAGAAAGGAAAGUCAUCCGUCUAGUGACCCUUCUAUUCUGACCAUAAUUUUUUUCUGCCAGUGGAAAGCAAUUUUGGUUUCAGGGUUCUUUGCACUCCUCAAGAUUCUCGCAAUGACUGCCUCCCCACUGUUUCUCAUAGCUUUCAUUAAGGUUGUUGAUGGCGAUGCAGCUUUUAAAUAUGAGGUUUAUGCACUGACUGCUGGUCUGUUCGUUGUGAAAAUCGUGGAGUCACUGUCAGAGAGGCAAUGGUUCUUUAGAACUAGACUUAUUGGACUCCAGGUAAGAUCAUUGAUAUCUGCAGCGGUUUAUCAGAAGCAACUAAGACUCUCAAAUGCUGCCAAGACGACUCAUUCUCCUGGUGAGAUAGUGAACUAUGUAACAGUGGAUGCUUACAGAAUCGGUGAAUUUCCUUACUGGUUUCAUCAGAUAUGGUCCACAAACCUUCAAUUGUGUCUCUCACUACUUAUUAUUUACUUCUCUGUUGGGGCAGCAACUCUUGCAGCUCUAACUGUUCUCAUAUUGACUAUGGUGGUAAGCUCUCCAUUGGCGAAGUUGCAGCAUGAGUACCAAACAAAGUUCAUGAUUGCACAAAACAAGAGGUUGAGGGCCAUUACAGAAGCACUAUCAAAUAUGAAAAUCUUGAAGCUGUAUUCUUGGGAGACAAAUUUCAAGAAAGUCAUAGAAGGUUUUAGAGCAGAAGAACUCAAAUGGAUAGCUAAAGUACUGUCACAAAAGGGAUAUUGUAAUGCUUUAUUCUGGACGGCUCCUGUUUUGGCAGCAGCUGUCACCUUUUGGACAUGUUACUUCCUGGGAUUUACACUCACAGCUAGCAAUGUUUUCACGUUUCUAGCAACUUUGCGUAUACUUCAGGAGCCAAUUAGGCUAAUCCCAGACGUCUUUGGAGCAUUUAUUGAAGCAAAGGUUUCAUUUUCUCGGAUUGUGAAGUUUCUUGAUGCCCCAGAGUUGGAGAACAGACAUACAAGGAAACAGAGCUGUGACAGGGAGGUUGAGCAUUCAAUUUUCAUUAGAGCCUCUGAAAUUUCAUGGGAUAUAGAAGCUACAAGGGCCACAUUGAGGGACAUUAAUUUAGUGGUUAAGCAAGGAGAAAAAGUAGCUAUUUGUGGAGAGGUUGGCUCAGGAAAAUCAACCCUUUUAGCUGGAAUUCUUGGAGAGGUUCCACGCAUCAAUGGCAUUGUUCAAGUAUAUGGCACGAUAGCAUAUGUCUCUCAGUCUGCAUGGAUCCAAACAGGAACUAUACAAGAUAAUAUUCUGUUUGGGACUCCCAUGGAUCAUGUUAGAUACCAAGAAACUCUUGAGAAGUGUUCUCUCAUAAAGGACCUCAAUAUUCUUCCAUUCGGCGAUCUCACUCAGAUAGGAGAAAGAGGUGUCAAUCUAAGUGGUGGCCAGAAACAGCGCAUUCAACUUGCACGUGCAUUGUAUCAAAAUGCUGAAGUCUACUUAUUGGAUGAUCCUUUCAGUGCUGUUGAUGCUCAUACUGCCAUAAGCCUGUUCAAUGAAUAUGUCAUGGGAGCUCUGGCAGAGAAGACAGUGUUGCUUGUUACACACCAAGUCGACUUCCUUCCAGCUUUUAAUUCAAUAUUGUUGAUGUCUUGGGGAAAAAUUUCAAGAGCAGCUCCUUUCGACGAGUUACUGGCUUCUUGUCAAGAGUUCCAAGACCUUGUCAAUGCACAUAAUGACACUGCUGGUUCCGGGAGGCAAGUUCAAUAUGCUUCUACUAGGAAACAGAAAUUGGCUGCAGAGGAGAUUGAGAAAGAAAGAACAGAGGUAGAGCUAAAAGAAUCUUCAGGAGAUCAAUUGAUUAAGAAAGAAGAGAGAGAAACAGGAGACACAGGGUUCAAGCCAUACAUUCAGUAUUUGAAGCAUAGCAGGGGCUUUUUGCAUUUCUCCUUAUCAGUUCUUUUCUUGUUUCUGUUCAUUGUUGGGCAAUUAAUUCAGAAUUAUUGGUUGGCUUUGAAUCUUCAGGACUAUAGCGUGUCCAGAGUCAAACUCUUCACAGUUUAUUCUGUGAUCUUCUGUAUAAUGUCAUUCUUUUUGCUUCUUCGAUCUUUUAUGAUAGUUGAUUUAGGAUGUGGAGCUUCAGAAUCUAUUUUCUCUGCACUACUGAACUCUCUUUUCCGAGCACCAAUGCUGUUUUAUGAUUCAACACCUGUGGGGAGGAUACUUAGUCGGGUAUCUACUGAUAUGAAUAUCAUCGACCUUGAAGUAGGUUUAAAGUUGGCAUUUGCUGCUGGGGCGAUUGUUAGCGCCUACAGCAUAUUUUUGGUAUUGGUUGUUCUUGCUUGGCCACUCGUGUUUCUGAUUGCACCUACAAUUUAUCUUACUUAUCUGUUUCAGAAUUACUACUUUGCUUCUGCAAAAGAGUUAAUGCGAAUGAAUGGCACGACUAAGUCUGCGAUUGCAAGCCAACUUUCUGAAUCUAUUGCUGGAGCAAUGACAAUCAGAGCUUUUGGAGAGGAGAAACGAUUCUAUUCAAAAAACUUGGAAUUUAUUGAUGCAAAUUCUAGUGCUGACUUCAAUAGUUUCUCAACAAAUGAGUGGUUAACCGAACGUCUGGAAUUUCUGUGUGCUAUUGUUCUCUCAGCCUCAGCCAUUGCCAUUACUUGGAUAGAUGCUUCUUCCUCUGGAUUUGUUGGGAUGACACUAUCAUAUGGUCUCUCAUUAAAUGUAUUCCUCGUAACUUCUGUCCAACUUCAGUGCAUGAUAGGAAAUUCAAUUGUUUCUGUUGAAAGGGUAGAACAAUACAUGCAUAUUACCAGUGAAUCUGCACAAAUAAUAGAAGAAAACCGACCCGCACACAAUUGGCCUGUUGUUGGUAAAGUGGAAAUAUGUGACUUAAAGGUCAGAUAUAGGCCAAAUUCUCCUUUGGUUCUUCGUGGGAUAAAUUGCAUAAUUGAAGGAGGGUACAAAGUUGGAAUCGUUGGCCGGACUGGAAGUGGAAAGACAACUCUUAUCAGCGUUUUGUUUCGUCUGGUAGAGCCUACAGGGGGAAAAGUCAUUAUAGAUGAUUAUGACAUUUGUACCAUUGGUCUUCAUGAUUUAAGAUCACGUUUGGGGAUCAUCCCACAAGAGCCAACGUUAUUCGGUGGCUCUGUGAGAUUCAACCUUGACCCCUUAUCAGAGCAUACUGAUCUUGAAAUAUGGGAGGUUCUUGAGAAAUGCCAGUUACGAAAGGCCAUUGAAGAGAAAGAAGAGGGUCUGGACACCUUUGUUGUGCAAGAUGGAACAAACUGGAGCACGGGGCAGCGUCAACUAUUUUGUUUGGGACGUGCUUUACUGAAGAGGAGCCGAAUACUAGUGCUGGAUGAAGCCACUGCAUCAAUGGACAAUGCAACAGACUCUAUUCUCCAGAAAACUAUAAGAAAGGAAUUUGCAGACUGCACUGUAAUAACAGUGGCCCAUAGGAUACCAACCGUGAUGGACUGCACUAAAGUUCUUGCUAUAAGUGAUGGGCUAUUAGUAGAGUAUGAUGAGCCAGUGAAGCUGAUGAACAAUGAGGGGUCACUGUUUGGGCAGCUUGUGAAGGAAUACUGGUCGCGUUCUGCCAAUGCUGCCAUCCAUUCAGAAGAUUGAUAGCGAAAGGAGAUACCUCUGGUACAGCUAGCACCAUAUCCGGCUUUAAAUUUUAAGAUGUCAUCGAGUUUUUGCCCAUUUUUGGUCUAAUGAUGGCACUGAGCUAGAAUUUAAUAAGCUAUUGCAGCAUUCAUUGUUCUUUUUCGUUGGCCAGAAGCAUGCAAGGUACAAACAGGUGUUCAAGAGAUCAUUUUUCCCUCCAAAAUAAUACUAGCUAGUUUCUUCAAA